AUGGAAGAGAUGAUGAAGCUGAAUAACACACUGAAGAUGGAAACUGUAAACCAAGCUUGGAUCGGUCUACAGAGAGGAAACACUGGGAGAUGGCAGUGGUCUCUAGCAGACCAAACUUUCUACAGAGAUGGAGACACUCACAGAAACUGGAGUAGUGGAGAGGAAAGCAACACGAAUGAGUUCUGUGCUGACAUAGCGAAGAGUGGUUUAUGGUAUAGCUGUACAUGUAACUUGACAUUGCCUUUUGUGUGUUAUGAAGAAAAUAACACACAGAGUAAUUAUUACAUAAUAAAUAAUGAGACGAAGACCUGGCGUGAUGCUCAGACCUACUGCAGAAAGAACUACAUCGACCUGGUCAGUGUGAGGAACCAAACUGAAGAUGAGAAGAUCAGAAAUAUAAUUCAAAAUUUCCCUAAUGUUUGGAUUGGUCUGUUUUUUGAUCGCUGGAAGUGGUCAGAUCAGAGUAAUUCCUCAUUCAGAUACUGGAGCUCUAACAAACCCAGUGGAGGUUUGAACUGUACUGCAGUGAAAGUGUCUGGGCAACACUACUGGAGUGACGUGGUCUGUACAGAAAACCUCCCGUUCAUCUGCCAUGAGAACAAACUUGUAUUGAUCAAGCAGAGUCUGACCUGGAAAGAAGCUCUGAGAUACUGCAGGAACAAUCAUUAUGACCUGGUCUCAGUGCUCACUCAGGAGAUGCAGCUCUGGGUGAAGGAAGUGGCUCGAAACGCCUCCACUGAACACGUGUGGCUCGGCCUGCGUCACACCUGCACUCUGGGCUUCUGGUACUGGGUGACUGGGGAGACGAUCUGCUUCCAGGACUGGGCCCCGGGGAACGGGACAGGGUUUGAAGACUGCAGGGAUGAGGAGAGAACCGGAGCAGUUCAGUCUAGAGGAGAGCAGCAGUGGAUCAGCCUGCCUCAGAGCAACACACUCAACUUCAUCUGCUCUAAAUAUGAAGCUCGGCCCGCCAGCACCCCUCGGCUGACCGCGAACCAGGCAGGUCACUCCACGACUGACUUUACCAUCCGGACAUCACGCCUGUUCCAGGGAGUCCAAGCUCUGCUGUGGAGGAUUGGGGUCAGAGGGGUGACGGCUGGCACUUCGGAGCUACUGGAGGAGCGUGAACUAGCUGUUGGAGAGAACUGUAGUCUUUGA